CGUUACCCGCGCGUGCCUCAGAUGUCCGGCGGCGUGUGCGUGUUCCGGUGCGCGCGUGGCUGCCGCAACGGGCGCUGCGUGGGGCCCGACACGUGCGCGUGCUUCGCGGGCUACGAGCCGGCGGCGGGGGACACGUCCGACUGCCGGCCGCGCUGCGACCCGCCCUGCCCCGCGCGCGCGCGCUGCACCGCGCCCGACGUGUGCGCCUGCGCCGAGGGCUACCGCGAGGCCGAGGACGCGCGCGCAGGCUGCCAGCCGCUCUGCAGCGGCGGCUGCCUCAACGGCGAGUGCGUCGCGCCAGAGACGUGCAGUGGCUGCCGCCACGGCGACUGCACCGCCCCCGACACGUGCACGUGCCGCCGGGGCUACGACCCGCACCCGGAGGAACGCGGCACGUGCGCCCCGCGGUGCACCGCCGGCUGUCGGAACGCCACGUGCUCCGCGCCCGACACGUGCACGUGCCUCCCCGGCUACCGACCCGACCCCAAGGACCCGACGGCGUGUUUGCCGUUCUGUGCGACCCGGUGCAGGAAUGCUACCUGCACUGCACCGGACACGUGUAGCUGUAUUCCGGGGUACACGAAAGAUGCCAGGGAUACCAAUACAUGUGUGCCUCACUGUCCGAGGGGGUGUCGCAACUCUUUAUGUACGUCGCCGAAUACGUGCACGUGCUUACCGGGCUAUGUAAUGAAAGCGGAUGAUAACAGCACGUGUGUACCACAUUGUUCAACUCCAUGCAAAAAUGCUUUGUGUACUUCUCCUGGAACAUGCACUUGUCUUCCUGGAUAUAUCAAGAAUCGCAGUAAUCCUUCAAUAUGUAACCCUAACUGCCCGACUGGCUGCAAAAAUGCAACUUGUACAUCGCCAGGCGUAUGCUCUUGUUUAUCUGGUUAUAUAAAAGACGAGAGCGACAAAUCAGCAUGUAAACCGCAUUGUCCAAAGGGAUGCAGUAAUGCCAUGUGUACGUCGCCGAAUAUUUGUACUUGUAAACCUGGCUAUGUGAAGGAUGCCACUAAUGACUCUAUAUGUUUACCCCACUGCCCUCGAGAGUGCAAAAAUGCUCUUUGUACUUCUCCAAAUAUGUGCACUUGUAAACCUGGCUAUGAGAAACAUCGGACAGACGAAUCCACGUGCUUGCCCGUUUGCCCAAGCAGAUGCCAAAAUGCCACUUGUACUGCACCUAGUACAUGCACGUGUUUACCUGGCUACUUUAAAAGUGCCGCAGACAAUACUACCUGUAUUCCGCAUUGUCCUCAAGGAUGUAAAAAUGCCUUGUGCGCCGCGCCAGGUAUUUGUUCGUGUCUCAUUGGUUAUAUAAAGAAACCCAACUCAUCUUCUGCAUGUGAACCACAUUGCGCUGUGCCAUGCGUGAACUCGAAAUGCACAGCUCCCGGAGAGUGUUCUUGCUUGCCUGGAUACAUUCCAGAUGACUCGUUGAGCACUAAAUGCAAUCCAUUUUGCCCUCGUGCAUGCAAGAACGCAAAAUGUACGGCUCCAUCCACGUGCACGUGCCUGUCUGGCUUUAAGAAAGAUCCACGGGACAAGUCUGCUUGCAUUCCGCAUUGCGAUGGCGGAUGUAGGAACGCCGCCUGUACUGCGCCUGGAACGUGCACUUGUCUGCCUGGUUACGUGAAGGCCCCCGGUGAUCCCAAUGGGUGUGAACCGCAUUGCCCAGAUGGGUGCGCAAACGGGACUUGCACGGCACCGGGAAAAUGUGUGUGUUUACCGGGUUAUGUAAAAGAUUCAAGAAAUGCAUCGGUCUGCGUACCCCAGUGCCAGCCGAGGUGCAUUAAUAGUACGUGCACAUCUCCAAACAAAUGCACGUGUUUCUCCGGAUUUGUAAAGAACGCUGAAGACCAAAACGUGUGCGUUCCACAUUGCCCCUCCGGCUGCAAAAACUCCACUUGUACGUCUCCAGGGGUUUGCACCUGCAUCAGUGGAUUCGAGAAAAACCCGAAAGACAAAUCUUCGUGUAUUCCUAGCUGCCCAGGUGGAUGUCAAAACAGUGCAUGCACCUCUCCGGGAACGUGCACGUGUUUGUCUGGAUAUGUUAAGAACAAAACGGAUGACAACUUCUGCGUACCUCAUUGCGAGAAUGAGUGUGUGAACGCUCUGUGCACAGCUCCUAAUACCUGCACUUGUCUAGAAGGCUAUUUACCAGAUGGAUUAGAGAAUGUAUUUUGCCGCCCACACUGUCAGAAGCCUUGUGAGAAUGCGUUCUGUUCAGCGCCCAAUACAUGCACCUGCUUACCCGGAUUUUCAAAGGACCCAGAUAACGACAACAUAUGUAAACCACAUUGUCCAAUUAGUUGCAAGAACUCUACGUGCACCUCCCCAGGCCACUGUACCUGUUUUCCCGGCUUCAUCAAGGACCGCAGGGACAGCAGCACGUGCUACCCCAACUGCCCGGGAGGAUGUCGGAACGCUGAAUGCUCAGCGCCGAACACGUGCACGUGCUUCAAAGGGUACGUAAAAGACCCAAAGGACGCAGGAACAUGUGUGCCACGCUGCGAUCGGGAGUGCAUCAACAGCACGUGUACUGCCCCGAACGAGUGCACGUGCUUCUCCGGGCACGUGAAGGACUCGAUCGACAAAGCCAUGUGCAUCCCCGACUGCGACGAUCUGUGCGUGAACGCGGAGUGCACUGCACCGUCCGAGUGCACGUGCCAUGCGGGCUUCGAGAGAAGGGUGCGGGAUCCGUAUUUCUGCGAGCCGCAUUGCCCUGGGGGGUGCAAACACGCCACGUGCACUGCUCCUAACACAUGCACGUGUCUGCACGGUUAUGUUCCGCAUUCAACGGAUCCGUCAAGCUGUGUUCCGGAAUGUCCCCGUGGUUGCACGAACGGUGAAUGUGUCGAUCCUGAUGUGUGUUCUUGUUGGAAGGGCUACGUAAUGGACCUCAGAGACAAUGCUUCGUGCGUGCCGGUGUGCAGAACUGAUUGCGUCAAUGGGACGUGCACAGCGCCUGACACGUGCACGUGUUUGGAGGGUUUCCGAGUGUCUUCUGCGACAGCCUGCGAGCCACAUUGUCCCAAAGGGUGCGGGCUGGGCGCGUGCGUGGCGCCGGGGGAGUGCCGCUGCUCGCAGGGGGCGGCGCGCGGGCCGGGCGGCGGCGCGUGCGAGGCGGUGGCGAAGGCGGGGGCGGAGGCGGGGCCGUGGUGGGCCGACACGCACCACCUGCCGCUGUGGGGGUCGCUGGCCGCGCUGGUGCUGGUGCUGCUGCUGGCGCCCGCCGCCGGCGCCGUCGUGUGCUGGUGCCGGCGCCGCCGCCAGAUGCCGCUGCGCGCCAGGCGCAGGCCCAGCCGCUACGGCCGCCCCGUGGUAUCGAACCAGUUUAUGAACCCAGUGUACGUGCUGGCACCGAGCAAUAAAGGAGUAGACAUACCCAGGGACGUGAUGCAGACAUCAAAAAGAGAUUCUCAAGACUGAAGAAAGAAUACUGAAGCUGAUAUUCAUUCAAUCAUUCAUUCGUUUUAAAGCAUUCCAUAAAAUUGAAGGUCACAAGGAGCAAUAAUUCAAAUUUAAACCGAGAUAUUUCUUUAAUUUCAACACAUGUAUUAUAAUAUUACAGUCACAAUAUU